UCUCCACGGCUGCUGCCCGGGACUGAAGAGCCGCACAACGAGCGCGAGCCUCGGCAGCAGCGAAGCGCGGAGCCCCGCUGUCCCCCACCGACCUCCGACAACUCCAACAACCCACAACAACAGCAGCCAUGACGGAGCACACGCGAGUUCUCAUGUGGCUGCAACUUUUCGCGGCUUGUCUGGUGUCGGCAGCGAACGGGGAUUACUGUGAGGUGAAUGUGUGCAGUAAUGGUGGAACCUGUGUUACUGGAGCAGGAACUCCAUUCAUCUGUAUCUGUCUUGAUGGCUUCUCUGGAGAAACCUGCAACGAGACUGAGACUGGGCCCUGCAACCCCAAUCCCUGCAAGAACGAUGCCAUCUGCGAGGUGACGGGCCAAUCCCGCCGAGGUGACGUCUUCAGCGAGUACGUCUGCAAGUGUCAGCCGGGCUUUGAAGGUGUCCAUUGCCAGAACAGUGUCCAAGGGGCAGAUUUAAGUUCGAUAAAAGAUAUAAACGACUGUGCCGGCCAGCCAUGCGAGAAUGGAGGCAUCUGCAGGGACCUGGAUGGAGAUUUCAAAUGCCACUGCCCCUCGCCUUAUGUGGGCAAACACUGCCAACUGCGCUGCAUUUCUCUGCUUGGCAUGGAGGGAGGGGGCAUCGCUGAAUCCCAGAUCUCAGCCUCAUCAGUCCGCUACAGCCUGCUGGGCCUGCAACGCUGGGGACCUGAGCUCUCCCGCCUCCACAACAAGGGGCUGGUUAAUGCCUGGAGCGCUGCUGCACAUGACAGGAACCCAUGGAUAGAGAUCAACAUGCAGAGGAAAAUGCGUAUCACAGGUAUUGUGACUCAAGGUGCCAGUCGCAUUGGAACAGCCGAGUUCAUUAAGGCCUUCAAGGUGGCCUCCAGUCUGGACGGCAAGACAUACACCAUGUACAGAACCGACGGACAGAGAAAGGAUAAUGUAUUUGUAGGAAACGUGGACAAUGACGGCACCAAGACCAACUUGUUUGACCCUCCAAUCAUCGCCCAGUUUAUCCGCGUUGUACCGGUGGUGUGUCGCAAGGCCUGCACCCUGCGCAUGGAACUGGUGGGCUGCGAGCUAAAUGUGUAUUCAAACACUUCAGGUUGCUCUGAACCGAUGGGCAUGAAGUCUCGACUGGUGUCUGACCGCCAGAUCACAGCCUCCAGCACAUUCCGCACCUGGGGCAUCGAGGCCUUCAACUGGCAUCCUCACUAUGCCCGACUGGACAAGCAGGGCAAGACGAACGCCUGGACCGCCGCCACCAACAACCGAUCUGAGUGGCUGCAGGUGGACCUCCUGUCUCCCAAGAAGAUCACAGGAAUCAUCACACAAGGGGCCAAGGACUUUGGCGCCAUCCAGUUUGUUAUGGCCUUUAAAGUGGCUCACAGUGACAACGGGCAGUCCUGGACCAUUGUGAAGGACGAAACCACAAACACAGACAAGAUCUUUCCCGGCAACAGCGACAACAACGUUCACAAAAAGAACAUCUUUGAGCCGCCGUUCUACAGUCGAUAUGUUCGCAUUCUGCCGUGGGAGUGGCACGACCGCAUCACCCUGCGAAUGGAGCUCCUGGGCUGUGACGAGUAACACCGCCCAGUACCCAUCUCCCCUCCUCCUCCUCCCCUCUCUACCUCCUCCCCCACUUCCCACCUUCUCUUCCCUCUCUCCCUUGUCCCUCCUGAGCCACACCUGCACUGCCUUGCUCUCAGCCCUAGGGGGCAGCAAACACCAGAGUAGCACCUCGCCUACCCCACCCAGAGGUGGGAGACGUUACCCCUCACCCCUGUCACUGGGGCCUAGAGUUUUGCUCAUGUGUCCCUUCAUUUUUCAUUUGCUGAAAAAAAAGCAAAUAUGUGCUCGCUUCAAAAAGUGACCGUGCAUAUUCCGGGGUUGUUUCACCUACAGGCUAAAUGAAAGUUGAUCCCUGGGUCAGGGGUCAGGGGUCAGGGGUAACAAUACUGCUGCUGUAUCAGUUGGUGCUGCCUGAUCCUACAUCAGCUCUACCUGAAACGUCGAACCUCCAAGACCCAUGGCUGGUGAUGUACAUACGCUCCAUUUAACUGCUUGCACACUUGAUCCCCCCCCAACACACACAGAAUAUAUAUUAUCUUUAGACAAAACAGUACGUUGAUGCUUCUGAUUGAUUAUUUCUCUUGUUGAGACAAUUUCUGUGUUUGUUGAGAAAAAAAUAAUUGACUAAAAAUCUUGUCCCUGCAGUUCAUAUUUUCUACAACAUUAAAGGUUAACAGUAUUCACGUGGGUUAAACAUAUACUGUAUGUGUAGUAGCCAAUAACAGAAUCUAUCUAGAUUUGUAUUUUUACUGAACCUGUCUGUGAAUCUGUGGUCCAGUUUUUACAAAGUUACGUGUGAAUCACUUUGUUGCAUUUGGCCUCAUCAGGGUGAAGUUUUGUGCCAAACACACCCUCGGUUUUUUGUUCCUGUGCGUUUUUAUAGAAAAAUACUGCACUGAUGUAGAUAAACAGUAAACCAAAAGAGCAAUCAACUACAUUCAUAGAUUAUGUGGAACAUAAUCAGUCAAUGAACCAUCACACUCAGUCAUCUAAACAGCCAAACAUUGUGUGAUGUCAUGGACAAACAGGAUGUCAUCAUCAAGGAACAAAAAGACUUUCAAAUCUUUACUGAACGAGUUUAAAAGAAAUGUGAGACUUCCACGUGCUGCUGCCGUGAGCAGGUGUGAGAUCUUCAGCCAUAAAAAGACAUUUAUACAAGUCUUACAUUACUCAUUCAGAAUAUUACUGUGCAUUUACGUGCUCCUCGGAAGGUCCAACUUCCAGAGUUGUGAAUUGAAGUUGGAGUGUGGAAAAAAAAAAAUAUGGACGCUGUAAACAAAAUGUGUAGUAUCUGUGUUUAAGAGUUUAGACAUUAUCUCAACAACUAGUUCCAACAUUUGAAUAAUAACGAAGAGCAAAGAAAAAGGAUCAGGUGUGACAGGCAGAUAAAUCAUUUCAAAGAUAUACAAUCAUAAAAAUGUCUGGUGUUAGAUACUUGUGAGAGAUGGACGUGCAGCUUGCAAGUGACAAAAAUGUAACACUUGAAAUGUUUAGAGGCCAUUAUUUACAGCUGAUUGUAAAAUGAUGUUAAUUUGGUUUUCAGUGAUGACUUCAGCAACUCUGUAACUUCUCCAGUGCAUAACAACUUCUUCGGAUUAUUCCAGCUCCAGAUUUACUCAAUUAUUUCACCUUUGUUUGACAGUCAUUUUAUUUAGUGGCUUGAUUGUAAGGUUUCAUGUGACAGCUGCUUAUAUGACCUGCUCAGAAGUGUUUUUUUAAAGAAAGAUCUCGAUCUGUCAGUUUCAUCUUGAGCAGGCUGUUUGAAGUGGAGUCACUGUCACAGGAAGCUUGUGUUGAUCUUUCUCACUUCACAUUUUAUCCGGCUGACAGGAUUUUUCAAAUAACACAUAGCACUCAUGUAUUUGCUAGAAUAAUUACACUAAGGCGAUACUCGUCCAACAUUUCCACGUAUUACUCGUCGCUUUGCAUCAUAAACUGAAAGUUAACAAUAGUGUAAACGGCUGCAAAAUAAAAAACAGUGGAUGACUCAGGUCAGUACAGAUCUGCUCCUAAUGUUCAGCGAAUGCUACUGAAACGCCACUAAUCCCCUCACUCAGCUGUGCUUCUAGUUGUGUUCACCUACUUUCAUUUUUUUAUGGCACUUGGAUAUUUCUGUUUUGAUAUUUCAAAUAUCUUAAAACCAAAAAAAGAAAAAAACAGUAUUGUGCAUUGAAGAAUGAACCGUAAACAUAAAACAUAGUCAUUAUAACAUGUAAAGGUAAAGAAAAAAAAACGAAGAGAAGAAAAUAGACUUGCUGUUUCUUUGGUGAACUGAGUUUUGAAAGUCUAGUGUUAAGUGUUAAUAUGUGACAUGCAUAUACACAGUUCUUUAGUAGGUGAGUCUGUUCUUAUUCGUAGAUGUUGGCUGCCGGCCAUUUAUUUAGGGUCCAGCAUUUAGCCUCCAGUUAAAAGCUGUGGUCCCGCUGAUAAGACUGAAAGAGAGAAACCAAAUUAAAAGCGAUUUAUACGCUUCCACCGGACAUGUGACAUGACCCGCUCUAUCAUCUGCUUCUGCCACCCCCGUCACAGUAUUUUAAACGGCUCCACCCCAUGAAUUAUGAAUUAUGGGCUUGUGCAAUAUUACACUGUUAGUUUGGAUAACAAUGAAUAUUAAAUUAGAGAUCUUUAAAAAUGCAUGAGGGGAUAGCGGUGUCAUCGAGAGGCUGGGAUGGAUGUUGGUGU